CGGACAACUACCUAACAUCCCUGUUCCAUUUCCACUUUCUUUCUCUCUCUUUGCUUUGGCUCUGGCAGCUUUCCAUUGGAAAGCUCUCUAUUGGAGGCAAAGAGCGCCAUGCUAUGCCAUUGGUCCAAACGAGAGCCUCCAAAGAAAGUCUGGGUGAGCGAGGUCCACGCAAUCCCUAACAAGUGUUCCAUUCCCAGAUCAUCAUUCCAAUCAUCUUGAGACAAACAACGAAGACUCGCAUUUGAUUGGGGAUGCGGUCAAGAUAAUAUAUCAUUGUGCCACCACAAACCAACUCAUCGGCAUAGCUUCCAAAUCUUUGGAGAUCGUCGUCAUCAGCUGACAGUGACAGAACUAUCCUUCCGAGGAAGAGGAAUACAUCAAGAGGAAUCAAAGAGAGAGAGAGAGAGAAAGACAAGGGCCAUGUCGUAGCAAGUCGAGUAGCAUGGCCAUUUCACUGUCCCUGAGUGUCCUGACCAAAGCAAUGGAGUCAAUGAACCUUUUGGAUCUGAAGGUGAUGCCCAAGCAAAUCGUUGAGGAGAUCGCAUCUGACGAUCCUAUCUAUGAGGUCAACCAGUUCUCAUAUGUGUGCAAUCUGUUGUACUACAGCUACUUUUGGGAAAUCAUGAUCAUUUGGGAGGUGAUUUUGCCCAUGCUCGGACUUGUCUGUUUUUUCAAAUCCCCAUUCUCGGAGACUUUAUCUUGGACGUGGUUUCUGGCGGUUCUUCAUGCCAACGUCUCCGUUUGGGUCUGGAUUGUCUACUUCAUCUUCACUUACAACUACUGUUGGCAAAACAUUGCCAGUCUCCAAUGUCCAGAUUGCACCACGGUUGCUUGCACUGGAGGGAUAUUCUUAGGUAUCUCGUUGGUGAUCAGCAUUAUUGCUGCAAUUGCCAAUGAUCAGUAUUACCCUGAUGCUAGACUCACUCCACGUGAAAUGAAGCAAUUCAUUGCGCAUCUUCGGAGUGCUAAUCCUGAGAUAACGUUCACUUUGCGCACGCAUCUCAAUGCGAUGGGCGAGUGGAAACGAGUCAAGAAGGUUUUCCAUCCGAGGCAAUGGUAUGAUAACACUGUUUAUCCAGAUGUGGGCCAGUCCUUCAUUGACCGCGAUGCUAUGGUGUUCCAAAUAUCAAUGUCCACUCUGGCGAAAACCAUCGAGGCUAGGGACGACCUGCGGCUAUUUCUGUGGGAUUUCUCCACCGAACACAUGCAGGCAAUCACUUUAGAAGAUACGGAGGAUUAUUACAUGUUUUCGCACCUUCAUCCGCCCACAAACCCCAUCCGAAGGCAGCCGAGACCCUUUGCCAAUCGUUAUGGCCGAUAUAACAUGGGAAUCCCUUUGAAAUUCCCACUUAUCAGCUCCGAGAAGAUUGUGCGGAUUUAUGUGUCCAAAUCCGGGAGCCUUCCGUUCUAUUUGGACAUCCUUUUGCGAUUUGCUUGGAUUCUCAACCUAUUUGGGUUUUCAUCCAUGGUCCUCAAGGGGCUAAACAAUCUUCAAAAAAUUACAGAGAAGACACACAUCGAGAAAAGGUUCUCUGAGAGGGUUUUACCGUCCCACCAAAGAGGAUCAGAUAACGCUCCUCACAAUCCAGUUGAGGAGACACCCCCUCCCGCUUAUCAUGUCCUAGUGGAUUCAGAACCACCCAAGUACACAAGGACCGUGCUCACCAACCAUUCCAAGGCCUCUGAGGCCAAAUUGGACGCCACUAAAGCCCCACAAAGGGAAUCAGACGUUCAAGUUCAAGUGGAAACUGAUGAAGAUACAGCUGACGAUGGGCUCCCCACUUACACGGAAGCUUUGGAGCUGGCUUGAAGAUAUUAUGUAAUGCGUGAAACUCCCCUGUCAAAUUAGUGUCAAAGAAGAAUUAAAUAGGAACUGUGUCUCAAUUUUUGAUGUAUUCCAAGUUUAUUUUUGAAAAUCGAUCAGACUUAAGAACUUGAUACAAACCCCACCCAAGAGCCCCCCUACCCUCGGUUCAAAUAUGAUUAAGCUGGCAGACUGCUAUUUUCCACUAUUUGUGACCCAAAUGAUGUGAAUCACCUUCAGCAAAUCUGUUUGCUCUAUCGGAUGUCAUUCAACGUCAAUAGGACUUCGGGGUUAGUCACUUCAGAUCCUGCCAAAAUUUAUGAAAUGCUUAUAUUCUCGUCAUUAUUUCAUUCUGUGCCCUGCGAUCCUGGCGAGGCCUUCAAAUAUCGAUACACAUUAAGUGGCCGUUGUGUGCCAACGAUUUCGGAAGCAGAUCAGGUCCUUGCAGUGAUCUAGCGUAAUUUCCCUUCUUGUUGUGGUUUUUGCAAGAUCUAGAUGAGGUCAAUUCUACUCUCUGCCAUUAUGUCAUAGUUUUGGAGACGUGCUGUAAUUGGAACGAGUUCAAAAAUAGUUCACAGAAGGGUGGCAAAAUUAUUGCGGGCUGAAAAACUUAAGCACCUGCAAAUACACGCAUUAGCAGGGAAGGAAAGUCGUCAUUAAUGAAUAUGAUUUUUAUGAAAAAUAACGCAAGGAAAAGAACAAAUCUCAGACCUUUGGCUUUGGAAAAUAUUUUUUUCCGAAUCCUAAAAAGAAAGGAGACUAUUUUUGAGCAAAGGCAGAAAAGUGAAAAAAAAAAAGUUUGUUGUAAUAUUUUCGUGUGAUUUUCUUAUUUUUCAGCACUCUAUUUCAUCUUUGUGGUGUUUGAGUAGACAACUAAAUUUGUCAUUUUUUUUCAAUUUAUCACCAAUUGACAGAUGAUAUUUCUUCGUUCCACUAUUGCGUCUAAAUAAAAAAAAUGCCC